AUUUUAAAAGGGCUGGAGAUUGCGGGCGUCAGUGGCCAUGGCGGAUACAGCGACUACAGCCUCGGCGGCGUCCGCGGCAGCCAGUUCCCCGAACGCCUCCACCGAUGCUCCCCCUUUCCAGCUGGGCAAGCCCCGCUUCCAGCAGACAUCCUUCUACGGUCGCUUCAGGCACUUCUUGGACAUCAUCGAUCCUCGAACACUCUUUGUCACUGAGAAACGUCUCAGGGAGGCUGUGCAACUGCUGGAGGACUACAAGCAUGGCACCCUACGCCCAGGAGUUACCAAUGAACAGCUCUGGAGUGCACAGAAAAUCAAACAGGCUAUCCUACACCCGGACACCAACGAGAAGAUCUUCAUGCCUUUCAGAAUGUCAGGUUACAUUCCUUUCGGGACGCCAAUUGUGGUGGGACUUCUCUUGCCUAACCAGACGCUGGCAUCCACUGUCUUCUGGCAGUGGCUGAACCAGAGCCAUAACGCCUGUGUCAACUAUGCAAACCGCAAUGCUACCAAGCCUUCACCUGCUUCCAAGUUCAUCCAGGGUUACCUGGGAGCCGUUAUCAGCGCUGUCUCCAUCGCUGUGGGCCUUAAUGUGCUGGUUCAGAAAGCAAACAAGUUCACGCCAGCCACUCGCCUUCUCGUGCAGAGAUUUGUACCCUUCCCUGCAGUAGCCAGUGCCAAUAUCUGCAACGUGGUCCUGAUGCGGUAUGGGGAGUUAGAGGAAGGGAUUGAUGUCCUGGAUGCCGAUGGUAACCUCGUGGGAUCCUCGAAGAUUGCAGCCAGACAUGCCCUGCUGGAGACAGCUCUGACACGUGUGGUUCUGCCUAUGCCCAUCCUGGUGCUUCCUCCAAUCGUCAUGUCCAUGCUGGAGAAGACAGCUCUCUUGCAAGCACGCCCGCGGCUACUCCUACCUGUGCAUAGCCUCGUGUGCCUGGCAGCCUUCGGCCUGGCCCUGCCACUGGCCAUCAGCCUUUUCCCGCAGAUGUCAGAGAUCGAAACCUCCCAAUUGGAGCCUGAGAUAGCCCGGGCUACAAGCAGCCGGACAGUGGUGUACAAUAAGGGGCUGUGAGUGAGAUCAGCCGGCCUGGGAACACAGCACUCUCCAGGCCGGGCACUGGGGUGGGGAAAGAAGUCUCAUAAAGCUGUAACUGCAGGGAGGGGCUGCCAGGAACGCAGUCAGCCUCCAUCGGUAGGGAGACUAACCAUUCACAUUCUAACAUAGGGGAGAGGAAUUCUGACACAUUUCCUACACAAAAAGAAUCAAGUGCAUCUCUGGGCCUUACAUGGGGUGAGCUAAACUCCAUUCCGCACAAUUUCGUGUGAGCAAAAGAACUGUAGAGUGCUCCUGGGGUAGAAGUAGUAUCCUUUUAUAUGUUCCUUCUUUUUGUUUUAAUUUUUUUUUUUAUUAGAAGCAAGUCUGAGCCUUGGUUGCAGCUGACCAGAAGCAGCAGGUGGACAGGUGGUGGGAGCCAGAGGAGCCUGGGAACUGGGUUGGAUUGGUGGGAGGGAAGUAUAAUGGUUAGGCCCGAUGGGUCCCUUGGGUUAGAGAAGGGAAGGGAGGGGAGGUGAUCUGUACCCCACAGGAUGAGCCAUAACCAAGGUUCUCAGGAAUUGGCUCCUUUGAUCAAGGAGCACUAGAGAUCCCUGGAAGAUUCUGGGAACACCAGGCUCUGAAUGUACCCAGCUCCUACCUACCCCAGAGCUGAGGAAAGUCAGUGACCCCAGGAAUGGGUCAUCUUUCAUGGAGCUCUUAUUGAUUCCAGGCCCCUGAGAGCACCCCAGCUUUAGUCAGGGAUCCCUAAGAAGAAACAUUGUUAUGUGAGAACAAGGAAGGUUCUUUUCCAGAAGUAGUUAGAGUUUCCUACUGGGACAAAGGUGGGCUGAGCUCACUGUGGUCCAGUCUGCAGCCACUGAAGCUGUUUGUCACACCUGACACCUUUCUGCAAUAGAGGAGUCUCCUGCCUCAGGAUGCAAAGCCAGAUCCCUGGCAACUGCCUGAGAGGUGGAUCCCAUCAGCAAUGGACAAGCCACCCACAUCUCUGAGCUUCCAUUCCCUGCCUGGAAGCAAAGUACUGAACUGGGGUUCCCUCCAAGCCUUUGGCUCCUCUCUACCUUCUUCACUCAGAUGUGCACAGUCCACGCAUAUCUCUAAGGUGGAUUCUGGGCUGGAAAAUGCAUCAGGCCCUUCUGGAAAUGGCCAGCACUUGGCCUACAAAAGGACCUUGCCCUUCUAUAUGGACUCUCCCAUAUCCUGACCAACCUUGACUUGUGCCAAACACUUCAUGGCUGUGGAGGAGGCAGUGUGGAUGCCUGAGCUGAACAUAGGGGUCACCCCACAUGCUGUUCCUCACUGCUGCAGACUUGGGGCCUCUUGUUGCUGGCUCCUGACUCCAUCUUGUCAUGUGUAGGCCAUAGAGGAAGAGAUAGCUGAGGAGGCAGGGUCUGGAUGGGGUUGAGCAAGAUGACUCCUGCUCCAAAGGACCCACAGAAAGGAGACACUCUCUUUACACAGCCUUCAUCUGCCCAUGCUAGGAUGGGAGCCCUGGCUCGUGACCCUGGAAGCUGACUCAGGAGGGGUCAGGCUGAAGGUCCACAUGUAUGGUUGCAGGAAAAGGCUGGCAUGGGGCAGCAAGGACAAAGUCACAGGUUCCCUGCCAGCAUCAAGGCAGGUGUAGCUGCAGCGAGACGGGCCGAGCAUGGACAUUGGUGCCAUUGUCUCCAGGUAUUGAUUGGAGACUAGAUUGGUCUGAAGCCACUUUUGAAAAGUUCAUUCCCAGCUUUUUCUGUCCCCACUUGUUCUGGAACAAAUCCUUAUGCAUUUUAUCUUGGGACCAAAACUACCCUCACCCAGGCCUGCCUGCUCCAGAGGUCCAGCAGACCAGAGGCUCUUCCAGCUCUCCCUCUGUGCUGCCUGUCCCUGUGGCCUCAGUACCCCUCAUAGGUAUGUUUUGUGUAUGGGAGGUGAUUUCUGCCACACGCCUAAAUACAAGCUGAGGGGGCAGCUCCUUUGGAUUUGCUGUGACGGAUGGUCCCUGUAGUUCAUGUAAUGGUACUGAGCAUCUUCAGCCAUGCUGUUAAACCCUGUUCUGACUUUAUAAACUCCAUAAGGCAAGCUUUCUGUGAAUGCAGAUGUUCCUAUUUGCUGAGGCUAGGGGACAAAAAGAGGUCUGGAGAAAAAGGCGGCACAGAUUACCUCUCGUUGGGUCUGGUUUUGCCAGCAGUCAGAGCAUAUCUACAGCAGGCUCUCCAGCCCUGAUGUUCCUGGCCAACUCUCCUCUGAUCACUUUUAAGCAUUCCCUUGAAGGCUGUUCUUCCAUCUCUAGAAAGCAGUUUGAAAGUACAGGAACCAAAAGUUCAGGAUGCCAAGAUGGCCACCAAAACAAGAUGUCUGCAUACUGUCUCACUUCCUGAUUGUGGCUGUCUUAUGAAGUCUCCGGUCUGGGAAAAGGUGGGGCACUGAGGAGAUGGGCCAGAGGGAGGCAGGUCCAUGCUAAGCUUCUACUAGCCUUGGGCAGGUAUGAGUGAGACUCAACACGUGUGCCUCAGCAUACCUAGGGACUUCAGACUGUCUUUUUAACCUCAGAAAAUGUCUCAAUUUAUGUGAUUUAUGUCAUACUAGUGGGCUAUGGGCAAUAAACAUGGAUUUAAAACACA